UUCUUAACCUAAGGGCGGGAGCGAUGGUCGCGCCGGCGGUGGAUUUGCUGCGGAAUCCACUGGGCGCCGUGCGAGGCGUCUUCUCCAUUGCAGCCAUGGCCGCUUCUCCUGCUCCAGCCGCAACUUUGGAGCUCUCGGGGGGCGACUGGGGCGUCAAGGGAGUCUUCGACAAGUUCUUGUACGAAGAAGGCGCCAUUGCUCAGGUUCCUCACAUUGGCGAUUUGGCUCGUGAUUCUAUUCCUUCUGGCUCGCUGGUUCGCUUCCGGGGAAUGAUCCAAGAUAUGUUCGAUGUGGAAUACUAUGUUGGCGCUUACAAGGAUUGCAAUACUUGGCAAACAAACAAGUACACCGACAGCCCAGUUCCGCAAGAUACCGAGCAGCAAAUCUGGGAUCGACGGCUGUUUAUUGCGUUCCAAUCCCUGGUGAAAAUCAAUGGAUGAAAAAUAGAUGGCAUUCAAAUGCUGUACAACCGGAUGCAAC